AUGGGAAUUGAUGUGGAUACGAUAAUGAAGAAAGAAGUAAGAGAUCAUUCUGAUGAAAGUGUUGGAAGUGGUUAUAAAUUAUCAAGAGGCACUAGUGAAAAAUCAAUUGAUGAUGAUGAUGGUGAUGGUGGUAAUACUGGUGGUGGUAGUAGAUAUCAUGCCUAUGGUGGUAGUGGACGUGAUAACUCGUGUGACAAUAGUAGUUAUGACGACACUAAUCGUGAGGCGAAUUAUGGAAAUGACAGGGGGAGUGGCAAAUCAUGGUACUACAACCAAUAUAGUAGUGAUGAUCAUACUACUUAUCUUGGUGCAAAUCCUGAAUACAAUUCUGGAGCUAGAGAUACACAAGGAAGACGCGAUAGUCAUUUGUCUCUAAAUGAGUUUGACUCAGUUUCUUCAAGUCUUCGCUCAAUGGACAUAGGAACUCAAUAUAGUGAUAGCCCUAACCGAUUCCAUUCUCAUUAUCCUCAUCAUGAAAUGAGUUCUACCUCAGAAAGUACUUACGGAAUUGGAUCAAGCUCACAAGGUGGAAGCACAUAUGGCCUUUUUGAUCAUUCUUCGUCCCAAAUGCCGCAUGCUUCAUACAAUGAAACACCAUAUUGGGUAAUUCCACAAUUCCGAUUUAUGGAUGGCAUGUGGGAAGAGAUCAACACAUAUACAUUACCCAUGUGA